AAGGCAGAAGGAAUGAUACACGCACCCUCAGUCGCACCGUAAUGAUGGUAAGACUGAGGAGCGGUAAACGAUCCUGAAAAACUUAUAGGGGGUGAGACGUCCACAACAACCCCCAACAUCCGAUCACGUCUGAUCGCCCACAUCAACUCAGAUGCUCAACAGGAAAAGGUUCAAAGAAUAAAAAGGACCGAAACCGCGAACCAAAUGACCGCCCCUGGGAGCGCAAACUGACAGCGCAGAAGCGCGAGGAGCUCAUGGCGGCGAAUAAAUGCCUGAACUGCGAAGCGGAGGGGCACUUCGCAAGAAACUGCCCCAAGCUGCAGACCGUCCCGUCUAAGCAGAAGGGGAAACCCCCAGGCCUAGCGGCCCAUGGGGUGACCUUUGAAACAUCCUUGGCACUGUUCGAGAGCACGGAGCAAUUGCUCGAGACAUUUGCAAUCGACUUAGGAGGCGAUCGAGAGGGCGGGAGUACCAGCCAGUUCCAAGAUGAAGACAAAAAUGGACUUAGCGAAGUACUUGAGUACCUGGACAGCAACCUGUUGCACGACUCGCCCCCAUUGCCCCUAGAUGAGAUGCACACGCCUAUUGGCAACAUCCGCGCCCGCUUCAUACGAAUGGCCCUCACCGACGCCGCCCCCUACCCCGGUGAUGAAGACCUUAUCCAGACUGAUCCAGGGCCACGAUUUGUGGUCACAAAGCAGCAGAACGGCGACUUCCUGGUCCUGGACCGGGCUGAUGCGUACGCCGCAUACGACCUGGAAUCUCGAUGGGUCAACGAUGAAUCAUUUCGGAUUGGGCUGUGGUACGCACGAUUCCGCCAGGUUGUCGCUUGUCGACCUCUGGAUGAACUGGAGACCAACGAAGCAUGGGACACGGAAGUCGGCGACGUGGUGGCCACAAUGGCCGCAGUUCUGCUGUGGUCAUACGAUCAAGAGGCAGGCAAUGACGCUCACCUCGAGCUCUUCGAUGUUGCCCCCUCCAUGCUGGACCCAUCCCGCUACACUGUCACCCUCCACCAUCUGGAGCGCUCGUGUGAACUGCCGGUCGCUUGUCUCGACGACGAGACCUUUGACCUGCGCCAGUGGUAUCGCCGAUCCUUUGGCCCUCAGGCCAAAGAUGACAUCGUGAGGGACGAGGUAGGACGACCUGAAACGCCAGAAGAGGAUCGAGACCUGGUUCACCGGAUGGGCCGACUGAAAAUUGGGGAUGAGGAAAAUAGUCAAGGAGGAGUACCACCUGACUGCGUGGGAGCGUUCGAAGAACGCAUGGCACUCAUUACGGCUUGCGGCGUAAAUGCGGCCGUUACCACAGACAAAAAACCCCCACCACGCUCCAUAGGCAACCUGCACGCUGCGGGGGCUUGCGCUCUUCUCCACUUCCUUCAGCCAUAUACGGGGGAUGACCGCGUUCCUGGAAUCAAAGACAAUCGCCCGGCAGAGCGUUUCCGUGUAUGGCGCGCCGGGGAGGACAGCUACGCUGUCCAAGACAGCUGGUUUUCUGAGGUGUUCAGCCUCCCAGCCCAAUACCUCGCAACCGAAACGUUCCGGAUUGGCGAGUGGUACGACCAUCAGCUCGCGUCUCGGCUCGGAAUGGAUGCGCGGCAGACGUCCAGUGACCUACACGAAGUGGAGGUCGAAGACCUCACCCAGGCUGGACUAGACGUCUACCUGCGGAACCUCGAGCGCAUUGUGGACACCGAUCUGUCCCAGUUAAGGGUGCGAGUGCACACAAGUCAGGAGCACGGCGUUCGUCAAAAAAGGACUGAGUUCGACUUCUUGGGCUGGGUCCGGAGUAGCCUUCUCCUGGAUCGGCACGGACAACCCCGUUACAAGGACGCCUGGGUGCAGAGAGCACGAGACGACGACGGGCUCGAUUCGUACGCGCACUUCUACGCGCUGGAUCACCCGGGAAUGACCAGCCGGGAAGCACGCCUGCUGCUUCUCCUGCGGAACGGGGAGGACCUACGCCGGCUGGCGUGCAGCGGGCUCUUCUCGACUGACUUACUUGAGCUGACCCGGGACUUCGACGCGGCGCUAUCGGACCUUGAAUACGCUCAGCUAAGGGCGCCAACAGAGGGCGAGUUGUUUGUGGGAGGGGCACAACUGCCUGCGGACCAGGUCGUGGCUAAGCCGCUUGUAGUGGUGGUCCGUGUGAACGGGGAGCCCCUACGGGCGCUGAUAGACUCGGGCUCGCUUGGCAAUUUGAUCAGCACCACAGUUGCCGACCAGCUCCAGCUCACCCGCCUGACGCUGGAGGACCCAAUCACGCUGCAGCUCGCUGUGCAGGGCUCAAAGUCGAAGAUCAACCACUGCGUCACUGCCAGAUUCCAGUAUCAGGACAUUGAUACGCAGCACUCUUUCUACGUGGCAAACAUUAGUGGCUACGACAUGAUCCUGGGAACCGGCUGGCUCUACAAGCAUCGGAAGGUGUAGCUACUUCGAAGAUAUUCACGAGCUCGACGAAACUGGAGGCAGUCUCAGUCGAUGCCGUACGGGCAGGACUGCUAGAAUAUGCACGGGAUGUAUGUAAAACGGCGGCUGACACGCCUCUACCACCUCUACGAGAAAUUAAUCAUACCAUUCCGCUAAUCAACGAGAAGCUCAUUCUCUCUUGGCGCCCCUCUCGAUGCCCCGAGGCCUUGAGGGAUCAGUGGGACGAAAAGUGUCGGACUUAUCUGCGCACGGGCCGCUGGAAAGUUACAAACUCGGGCAACACUGUGCCCAUGCUAUUGAUUCCCAAGGCUAAAU